GCCAUCGCCUGCUACUGCUGCUGCUGCUCUCAUUCCAUUGGGGAAAACCUUUUUCGCGCAGUAGAGUUUCGGCCGGCACCCAGCGAAGUCGCCAGAUUCCGCGAGUAGACCGUCAUCCUGUUAUCCCGUUUUUUUGUUGGGAGAAAGAAGAGAUCAAAUUGUGCCAGCAUCAUCUUCGGCAGUCUGUCCGCAAGAGUGGGUAGGUCGAGUGCCAAGCCAUUGUCCAAGCGUUCGGAAGAGGAGGCGUCAUGAUCUGGUGAAUGUGCUCAACAAAGUGGAAAAGUGCGUGAUUAUUGGCCGUCAACGACCGAAGAAAGAAAAUAGCAGGAUAAUCUUGCCUCGCUAUUUAUCGAAAAAAGUGGAAUUUCGCUUGUAAUCAAAGUGUUGUGCGUGUGUAAGUUUGGCUGUGCCAAAAAACCGGUAGAAGAUUUACUCCUAGCGAGCAGUUCUAAUUGACUUCGUGGUUGGAAUAUUGACCUGUGCUUCUCACCGGGUCGGGAGUCGCCUAGAAAAAUUGCUCCACAGAAAGAAAUCUGCUAGCUAUGCUGGAUUUGGUUCGAGUUUACUCCACCGAAGGUGGUUUCGUCAAUUCAAAUGCUUCUUUGCCAGUACACUCGAUGACCUACUAGUGAGUGAGUUCCGUUUCAUUCGUUCUUUUCGCUCCGACAAUAGUGAACAUUCUUCACUCCAAUCCGAGGACCAGCGGAAAAACAAAAACCGAACAGAAACAAAAGUUAACGUCAAAUUUGCACCAACCCAAAGAACAUCUCGUCGUAACACACAUUCAGGCGGCCAGCAUGUUUUCACUCUGCUCGAAACCAGCUUCCGCGGCAUCAUCAAACCGAACGCAACAGCACGGCACCUGCAAAGGAUGCAGCUCAUCGAUUGGAAAACAGAUCAAAGGAGGCUAUUUGUUGCGAUAUAAAAGACAAGUUCUCUGGAGCCGGUGGUCCGAGGAAUGGGUGGUUCUGUAUGACGACUCAACAAUGGCUUGGUUCACGGAACCAGGACGAUCGUCACCGGCAGGAAAAAUUCUCGUCAAAGAAGCUCCGGAGAUGCUCGCCAUCGCCCACUGGACCGGACAGAUCCCGCGCCGGCCGCCACUGCCAGAUGGCGUCAGUGUGUCGCAGCUGAUCGCUCUCGGUUCGCGGCGGAAACGGUCCAAAGUGUACUGGAUGAUCGCCAAAAGCGAGGACGAAGUCAGCGAUUGGAUUGCAGCCAUCACAAAAACGCUUCCUCCCCCGCCGCAAAUCGAACUGGUAGUCGACAAGCCACAUCUGAUGGGUGUCCUGCGAAGGCCAAUUGUUCGGAUACGACCGGCCACCAGUUCCGAGGUGUCGGCCCGGCGGAAAAAUCGUUCCAGCAUCGAAAACAACACGACCAAGGUUAACAGCGAAGCGGCGGUGGCCAUCAUCAAGAAGAGCACCCAGGAGAACUCCGAACCGAAGGGUUCCCUAGCGUGUGCCCUGCCCUGGGGCCAUGGCUGGGGCUGGUCGACCCUGCCGAACGGCAUCUGGAGCGGAGCUCUCACUUGGUCCCAGUGUGAUGAUUCGAUCACACUGCACGCCCUGCCAACGACUCACUGCACCAACAUGAUCGAGGCCCCGUGCGCUGGCGGAAUUUAUCACACCGACAUCAACCCGUUCGACUUCCACGGCAUCGAGGAUGUGGGCGGAGAGGACUUCGACUACGCCAUGGAUUGCGGGGAUUUUAUUUUUUAAACAAAUGCUCAAUCGGAACGAUGGGGGAAAACCAAAAAUGCAUUAAAUGUGAGAUGAUUUUUAUAUCGUAAAGGACGACAAUUGUGACGCUGCAAUCUAGCGCGGUGAAAUGAUCUUCGCCGCGUGUUCCAUCGAUGUCAUACUGAUCCGCUUGCCAUUAAAAACACAAACCUAACAGAUAAUUGUUUAGUGAGAUGAAAGAUAUAUAAAAAAUAUAUAUCAAAAUUGCACUUCCUUCAGUGCAGUUUUAAUAACGAAUUACUUAAGAACUCCUUAGCAACUCAUCCACCAAAAAAUACGUAGCAUAAUCCGUGUAGCCAAAACAUGAUGAAAAUGUCAAACCCACACCCAUAGGCGCGUAUGCUUAGUAACGUAAGUAACGUCAUCAUGCAAAUAGAAGAGCAUAGCAACCCAACAAACAAAUCAGGUUCCAAUAGAUAGAGCAACAGGAGCAGUCAUCAUCAAUCGGAGCAACCCAAAGAAAAAGGCGCACACGCACACCUGUGAGUACUUGCUAAGAAAAAUGGAUCAGUGUUUUUAUAUACCCCACAGAAGCAAAUGAAUACCAAAUAAUAAUCGAUGUAGAUGUUAACCUUACACUACCGAAGCAAAACUAUUGAAAGAGUGUAACCAUUGCAUUGUACCAUUUUUUCUGGCUGGAAUUAUUCUAAAAUCACAUGUAUCCAACGUUACACGAAACUGAUAGAAAAUUACCACCACCAUCACCACAACCAGGCGGGUAAGCAAAUAACCAUCACGAUGUUGUUUAUUCCAUGGUGAUUUCCAAACGAUAAAGAGAUGAUAAAACAAAUAUUGCCUUCCCAAGUGAAAAAAAAAAACUGUUACGAUAUUUUUAUCAUAUUCCGCCGCCAAAGAGACGCGUUACGAAGCUAAUAAACAACAAACAAAAGCACUCACACGACACACACACACACACUUCAAGUCGAUUUGAAAGAUUAUAAAAUCAAAAUUAGCCACAAACUGUAAGCGAAUGAAAUCCGCACUUAUUCUUUCUACCGAAUCUCGUUGUUUGUAGAUCUUUUUUAUAUUGAUGAAUAUAUAUAUUAGAUACUAAUUCGUUCAGCCUCUUAACGAGCGGCGUAAAAUCGAAACACUUGUUUUUGCACCCUCUAAAAGAGAGAGCGCGAGAGAAAGAGAGAGUUUAUAAAAAUCAACAAAUUGGACACCUAGCUAAGAGUUUUGUUUAAUGACGAAAAAAUAUUAACGAAACAAAACAACAACAAAAGAAACAUUAAUAAAGAAAUUGAGGUAAAGCUUAAUUCUACAUUAACACUAUAAAAAACCAAUUCACGAAAGGAAACUUUUGGAAAAGUGUAUAAAAGCUAUAAAGAUCAGCGCGAUUUUCGAUCAACACGGCGAAGGAAGUAUAUUAAAAUUAUCUUAGAAAGUAGUGUUAAACAAUAAACGAAACAAGACAUAGAGACUGUAUCUACCGAAAUAAAUAAAACAAAAAUUGAAUAAUUAGGCAAUUCCUUACUAAUUUAGGUCACCGUUCACCUCCUUCCUAGUGGUUCCUUCAAGUCUAUCGUACUUCCAGUCGAAUGAUUUCAGCUUAGCGGAAUAAAAAAACAAAAACCAAUUUCUGCUGAUAAUGGUGUUAGAAAAUAUAUAUAUGAAAAAAAAACUCAUCGACGUCGACGAAAUUUUAAUAAACCAACAUAAAGUAGAUUUUGUAAGCAGCAGCAGCCAAGCUGUCCAAGGGAAGCACGCUGACAUUAUUAAAUAACUAACCACGAUGAUAAAUAAUCCAUUAUAACAUACGGGUAGGGCCUAUCAUUUGACCAUACUUCCGUAAGUGUGUGUGUGAUUCUCAUCUUGACGGCACUCGAGACGAAGAGAAAGAGAAUCUCGUCUCGAGAAGAACUGCCGCAGAUUAAAACCACUACUGGAUGUGUAGCAGAUUUAGAUCUUUUUAUUGGCCCCUAUUAUUGAUAACAAAACAUCCAAAACCAUGUAAAUGUAAGCAACAUAUGCAAGCUAUAGUUGCAGAUAUAAUCAAUGAAAAAAAAAAAAGAAAAAAAAACUAGUCGAACGCGUUUUAUCAGAAGUAUAUAAGCAAAACAAACUGUCUGCAAACAGAUAUCUAAUCAAUAGCCAGUGUGAUGGAAGUAAACAAACGUGUGUUAGCCAGCCAUGAAUCGGCAAAUAGUCAUUAAAAAAACACUAGGAUUAACUGUUUUAGAAGAUUUCAAUAGUUGUUUAAACAGAGUAAACCAGAUGUAUAACACUAUGAAACAAAUCGAACAAAUGAUGGAAAAAAUGUGCUUUUCAGAGAUGUUGAAUCGCGGGUCGAUUUACAUUAUAACCUAUGUGUGAAAGAUAACAACCUCUGUGUUAAAACCACCGGCCGUACCUUUUCCCUGGAAGCCAGGUGACACUACGCAAUGUUUGCAAAAAUCCCGUCUACUCUCACCCACAAGAGCGUGCGGCAAAAACUUUUGAAACCCAGGUUCCACGUUGGGCUCCCUCCACCCAUUGUCUCAUCAUCGCUGCUUCAAAACUGCUGAGUGGGAAUCCCAAAAGCAGCUUGCCUUCCGCCUCCUUCCGACAGAUAACGUCAAUUACAGCACUAAUUUUUCCACUCUCAUACCAAUGCUGUUUACCGUUUUUCCAAACCAUACACCAAUGUGACAAAAACAAGCUCUAACUACCGCAAAGACAUUGUUGAAAGAAAAAAAAAGAAAUAAGAUAAAUAAACCUGAAUGUGUUCAUUUAACAAGCAAACAAACAAAAAACCAGCACUAAAGCAAAUUAUAAAAAAAAAAACAA